CCACACCUGCACGCAGCACGUGUCCACGCCCCCGCGAUGAUAACGAACUCGGGAGAUAUUCAUGGAUCUGGAAACGGUCGUGAAAUCGUGAAACUCAGUGCAGUUGCCUAUUCUACCUCUCCUUCAAUGGAGGCUGCUGCGGGUAUGAACGCGAGCAGUGAUGGCGGGAGACGCCCGCUGCGGGUGUUCUUCCUGCCCUUCUUCGCGCGGGGGCACCUCCUCCCGCUGACCGACCUGGCGUGCCGCAUGGCCGCGGCGCGGCCGGCGAAGGUAGAGGCCACGAUGGUGGUAACGCCUGCCAACGGGACGCUGAUCGCCACCACGGUCACGCGCGCCAUGGACGAGGGGCACUCGGUGCGCCUGCUCCGCUACCCGUUCCCGGACGUCGGCCUGGAGAGCGGGGUGGAGUGCCUCGGCGCCGCUGCCCAGCACGACGCCUGGCGGGUGUACCGCGCCGUGGACCUCUCGCAGCCGAUCCACAAGAAGCUGCUCCUGGAGCACCGCCCCGACGCCGUUGUCGCCGACGUGCCCUUCUGGUGGGUCACGGACAUCGCCGCCGAGAUCGGCGUCCCACGCCUCACGUUCCAUCCCGUCGGCAUCUUCGCGCAACUCGCCCUGAACAACCUCUACGCCAUCCGCUCGGACAUAAUCCGGGACGGCGUUGCCGCCCCGUCGGUGGUCGUGCCGGGGAUGCCAGGGAAGGAGAUCGCCAUCCCGCCGUCGGAGCUCCCGGAGUUCCUCCUCCAGGACGCCGUUCUUUCUAUGGAGUGGGACAACAUCAAGGCGGCCCAGCUCGCCGGCUUCGGAGUGAUCGUGAACACCUUCGCCGACCUCGAGAAACCGUACUGCGACGAGUACAGACGCGUCGACGCGCGUCGCGCUUACUUCGUCGGCCCCGUCAGCCUGCCGAUAGACUCCGCCGUGCACCGGGGCGGCGACGGCAACGUCGACUGUCUAGAGUGGCUAUCGACCAAGCCGAGCCGAUCGGUGGUGUACGCCUGCUUCGGGAGCUGGGCUUGCUUCUCAGCGCGGCAGAUCCGCGAGCUCGCGCUGGGGCUGGAGGCCUCGAACAAGCCAUUCCUGUGGGUGGUCCGCUCUGAGGACUCGGAUGGGUUGUGGGUGCCGGAGGGAUGGGAGCAGCGCGUCGCCGACCGCGGCAUGCUCGUCCGAGGGUGGGCUCCGCAACUGGCGGUGCUGGCUCACCCGUCGGUGGGCGCGUUCCUGACACACUGUGGGUGGAACUCGGUGCUGGAGGCCGCGUCGGCAGGCUUGCCGGUGCUGACGUGGCCGCUAGUGUUCGAGCAGUUCAUCAACGAGCGGCUGGUCACCGAGGUGGCAGCGUUCGGCUCACGUUUGUGGGACGGCGGCAAGCGCAACGUGAGGGUGGAUGACGCGGACACCGUGCCAGCGGAGGCGAUCGGUCAGGCGGUGGCCGGGUUCAUGGACGGCGGAGAGCGGUGGGACAAGAUGAGGUCCAGAGCAAAGGAGCUGGCUGGCAAGGCGCGUGCGGCGGUUAGUGAGAACGGGUCGUCGUGGCGUGAUUUACACCGCUUGAUCGACGAUCUCACGGAGGCUAGGGCCUCGAGGGUUCCCAGCUACGAGGACUCGUAGCAUAGCAUCGGCUGCCCUGCAAAGAAAACUACCAGUUCACGCUCAGUGUAACUUUGUUUCAUGAAGAUAGUUUAUUUUUAUUUUUUGCAUGAAUGAACGAAAUUUCCUAAGAAUUCCAGUGAAUUGGGUGUCCUUCCAACUUUACGACCUUUCUC